CAGACACAACAAUAUGACUAUAGUUAACCCUGCUAAACAUUAUUACGAGCCCGUAGCGAUAUAUCCAAAGAUUACAAACGAUAAAUAUCAUGAAUUGGCCGAAGAAAAUGCCCAGCUAUUACGAAAAACAGAUAUUGAAAACAAGUCAAAUAAAUGUGAAAGAUACAACAAGCCAAAUUUCAAUAACCCAAGUGAAACUGGCUCACAUUCGAAUAAAAAUAUUGAUUCCGAUCAAUCUCAAAUGUAUACAACCUCAAAAGAAUAUGAAAGUGAGAAAAAUCAUUUUGCAAAAUACUCUGAAAAAGGAGAAUGUGUUAACAAGUUUUCUUACAGCGCUGCAAAAAUCAAUCUUAUAACAAAAAGAGAUAGUCAAAUCCGAAUAGUCAAUAAACUUGAAAUAGAUUUAAAAGUUACUCAAAUAGUAUGCAAGGAAUCUUAUUCUAAGGACAAAGUAAGCCAAGAUAAAGAAGAAUUAGAAUCGAAUAGUAAACUUAAAAAAUAUGAUAAUAUAUUUACCGACUCGGAACCAAUUGACAAUACAUGUCAAUAUGAUGAUCUUGUAGACGCCAGAGCUGUUAAACAAUUAACUCAUACUCCAAAUUUUGAAAUAGAAUGUAAGAAAAGUUUAACCACUAGGCUGCCAUCCCUUGAAGUACAGAAUGAUGAUAAAAAUACAACCAAAAAAGAUAAUCGCUCUUUUAAAAAUAUUAUUGAAAAAUUCAAAAAUAAGGCAAGAAACGACACUCAACAGAAACAUUUCUUACCAAACCUAAACAAGACUAUAACGCCUAUAGUGAAAUCACAAAAGCAGUACAGAAUCAAGGAUAUCAAUAAUACAGAUGAUGGAACGAUGAAAAAUAUAUCUGAAAUAUUUAGUGAAGGUAAACAUGAUUCCAAUAAACAUGCCGCUACAAAAUUACCUUCAACGACGGUGUCUCUACAUAAUAUUACAUACAGUGGCAAUCAUAGAUGUGGCAAUACUGAAUUAAACCAAAGCUCCGAUAGUGUAAUGAAUAAGAAUAAUACAAUAACAAGUCCUAAUUUAGAUGCUAUAAUAAAUACAGAUAUUAAAUUGAAGCUAGAUACAAAUACGAGGCCUUUUAAUCAAAACUUUACUGAGGUAAAAUACAAUACUGUAACCGAAAAUUACAAAAACGAGGAUGUUUUUGACGCCUUAAAAUAUCCCAACAUAACAAUAGAUCCUGACAGUCCUUUAGAACCCGAAGAUAUUAUCUCAGUAUUAACAGAAUCCGAAAGUGAAGAAUUGAAUCUAUCAAUGUUAAACCCUAAAACAGUUCUUCAGAAUUUAAAUGAGGACGAGGUGAUACUACCGCCCCCUAUGGAGUUUUGCGAUGAAGCUUACUCUCCAGUGGCUAACAUUAAUCCUAAAAAUUCGGAAAAUUCGUACACACCAAACUCUAGCCCACAUGACAUUGGUUACUCAGAAGCUAUUACUUCUAAUGUUGAAACAUGGACUCUGUCGCAAGGAAGUGACGAUUCCUAUGAUACUUCCACAAACAAGUUCAUACCUCAGAAUAAUCUCAGUAUGUUUAGAAACCAAAACUUCUAUUCACCUUGCUCACAGAUGAAUUUAAGUCAAUUUAAGUACGAAGGUAAACCAAAACUUAGAAAGUAAUUUUAAAUAUUAUGUAAGGUAAUAAAUAGUCGUA